ACGCAUUCUUCUCCACACACGCCGACAUAUCCCUCGUUCAACACAAGCUGACCUAUCCAUCUUCUAACAAAUAAUCAUGGCCAAGGCACCUGUCAUUAUGCCGUUGACAAGGUCAUGCACCGCCUGCGGAUAAGGUGGUACCUUCCGGGCUGCAUGCAUGUCUGAGCAAGGUAGCACACACAUGUAAAUUAAGGCACAAACAUGACCUUCUCACCGACUUUACUUCGACGCCUUCGCCAUCCCAUCUGCCACGUCCGCUCUGUUGCCUUUCCUACCUGCUUCAUUGCCUUCCAUACUCGCUCCUUCCUCUGUCGCCUUCCCUACCACCGUCUUGGACAUGGCGCCUCCACUGCCUGCCCCUCGUUGCCGUGGCAUCACCCAACGCAACCUCCAGUGCCGCAACCCCGCCAAAUACCCCGCCGCCGACGGCGACGCAGCCCUGCUCAACCGCUGCCAGCUGCACAUCCAUCAGACUAUCGACUUCAACAGCCUCGUUGCCGCCGACUUGGAUGAGGUCCUCUCCACCCUCGCCAACGUCGCGCUUGGCAAUGCCGACGACAUUGAAGCCCUGGCUCAGCAGGCCAACUUGACCAACACCGAGGUGGGCAAGGCGCGCCGGGAACACCACGUCAUGGAGAAGAAGCUGCUCAGCAUGGACGGCGACACGCACAAGGACAAGGCUGUGGUUCCUGACGAUGCACCGCCGGCAUCGUCGGACACGGAACAUGUGCAGCCGAAGAAGGAUGGCAAGGGCAGGAACUUGGCUGCCGCGUUUGGCAUGCAAGGCAUGGUGAGGAACGGUCCUCCAGCUCCCACUGGACCCACUCUGAUCUCCGGCGUGCCUCCCUCUGCUGCCCCCGACACAACCAAGCAUGCUCCGACCAAGUCCACCACCAUCAAGAGCGCUCCACGCCGGGUCUUGCCAGCUCGUGGUACAAAGAUGAAGGCGCCCCUUGAGCAGACUUCCGACAUGGAUUGAUGGGUGGAAACUCGAUGGGUGGAUGAGAUCUCCCUCUCCACAGCAGUGCUAGGUUCCGAUCCUGACAGCUAGCCAUCAAACACAUUCUGUCAAUCAUGUGCCCCUUGACGCGUGUGUGAUGACCGUGAACAGCUCAACUCAAACAGGAACAUCUUCAUCGCCAUAUGUGCCAUCCAACGAGGAAAACCUCUCGAAAACCCUCGCCGCUCCUUGAAAGUUCAGUGUUGCUCUCUAUUUCGCUCGACUGUUGCACGGCGUAUCGCUUGGCUCGGUGCACCCAUCUUCACUCGCCUCUUCGAGACGGUUCGGCGAGCGUCUCGGUCAUGCAGAGUGGGUGUUUGU